AUGGCAUUUCGUCGACCACACCCCAAUCGAAUAUCUCAUGGGUCAAGCUCUGAUCGGGAAUUGGAAUUGGAGCAGGUGAAUCAAGCUUUGAGAGAUGAGUUAUCUAACGAAGUUUCAAUCAAUAAAUCGAAUGAGAAAUAUAUAAAGGAUCUGGAACGUAAAUAUACCAGGUGUGAAAAUGAAAUCCAAUCCCUCAAUAAAGAAUUGGAACAGCUUGAGAAUGCUUCGAAUGAAGAAAAGUCAGAGUUGAGAUCGGAGAUAUCGUCCCUUAAAAGGAGCUUAUACCAAGCUAAAAAGGAGGUCCGAGAUAAGAUAUCUUAUAUCGAUAAUAUAGAGAAACAAUUACAAGAAUCAGAAGAGCGGAUUCAAAAUCUAAGGCAUAGAUUCAAAGUUAUUUCUUCUCGAAGAAGCUCUCCAAGUUUAUAUAAUUCAGAAGAGGAAGAUAUAGAUAUGGAGAAUCUUGAUCUUUUUAUACAAAUCGAACGAGGCUUGACUCGUAUUGAAAAUCACCUUAGAGGCGCUGGAACACCGUUAAAUAAUCCUAUAAAUAUUAUAAAUGGCAUUAGAGGUUCCUUAAAUACUGUUCGGCAUAAUUAUCAGUCUGCAUACCAGGAUAUAGAUGGCGUUAUUGCUCAACGAGAUGACAGCAAUAAUCAGAUAGUCCAGCUACAGCAGGAUGUCAAUUACUAUAGACAACAAAACGCCGACCUUCAGAACCAAACCAAUCAACUUAUUCAAGUACGAGAUACCUUGCAAAAUCAUGUUAACCGACUUACACUAGAGCGUAACAAUUCUCAAAAUAAUCUUGCUUUAAUGACUACAGCUUAUAAUAAUGAGCGAACAGAAUGUCGUAGAUGGAGGGGGAUCGCUCAGCAAUUUGAAAGAGGAAUGCAGAUGCGGAUUAAUAAUUUAUUACUUGAAAAAUUUACACUUAAUUUUAAACUCCGGAGGUGCCAAAGACAUGGUAGAGAAUUGCAACAAAAAUAUGAUAUGCGGGGGUAUUUGUGGCAUAAUGUUACUUUGGUAUUAGAAGAGCAAUUUAAACUCAGACAUGCUUUCGAAAUUAUUUUUAAGGCAUUCAUUUAUCGCUUAGAACAGGAGCUACAACAAUGUCGGGGUGAUAAAGGAUUAUUAGAAUAUAAUCGUGAUCGGCUCUUUGAUAGAUACUACAAUAAAUUCAAGGAUCGAAAAGCAAGUCAUAUCAAGUGGAAAAAUAGGGAGCGCAAUUCUCAGCAAUUAAUUUUAAAUUUACAAGCCCAAAUUUUAUUACUACAGAAUAAUCAACCUAUAAAUCUGAACAUGGCGGCCGCCGAUAGACAACAUAUUUAUCAAACUAUUCAAACAAGUCUUGCCCAUAUUCCAUCAUAUAUUGGACAGGAACCACCGGAUGAUUAUUCUGUUAAUAUACAAAAUAAAUCACAUUCUGAUAGUAGUGAUAUAACUCGAGCUGAAAUAGAUAUGAUAAAAUCACAAUUAGCUUUAAUACCAACCACUCUUCCUCAGUCUACACAACCAACUUCUCAAAGACAAGAAGGACAAUUAUUACGACCCAGUCAAAUGGAACCAGGUAAAAAAUAUAGGGACCCAGACCUACGCUUGAAUGACCAAGAAUGGCUUCGAAUGGAUGAAGCAACAGAUCGUCUUAGUGCUUUAGCAGGGCCAUCUACUUUACAAUCAUUAAUGGAUACUAUUAGUAAAGGAGUAAUGGAUAGAAUUACGCCUUUCUUACCCAAUAAGAAAAAAAAUACUUCUAAUGAUGAUAUGGAUGAAAUUACUAAGGGUAUGGCAGAAUUAUCAAUAAAUAAGGCUAUAGCAAAAGGUAUUGAAGCAGGUGUUAAUGCUGUUAUUAAAUCAUCCAAACACCGUUGUUCGAAUUGUAAUAGAACUGGACAUAAUUCUCGCAAGUGUACUCGUAAGAAAAGGUCAAAGAGUAGAUCCAAAAAAAGAGGCAGUGUUAAUAAGGUUGCUGUAGAUUCAGGUUCAGAUACAAACUCUUCCGAUAACGAUUCUUCAGAUAAUAACUCCGAUUCUGGGGGUUCCUCGUCUGAAGUUGAAUCCGAUCAUAGUUUUGAUUCUAGUUCAAAGAAGAGACAGAGUCUCGAAUCUCCAAUUCAACGUUCUUCACAAAAAAUGCAAAAGAAAUCAGGUAUGAUUAUCGACUCACAAAUUCGAAAAAUUAUUCUAGCUAUGUUUAACGAUCCAGAGGUUAUAGAAACUAUUAAAAACAAUAUUAAUAAUACAAAUUUAUCUAUUGCGAAACCUGACUUUAUAAAUUAUCGAGAGCCGGCCCCAGAAAUACCCGAAUCAGAUGAUGAAGAGGAGACACUGAACGAUCCUAUGGAGAUUGAUUUUGUUCGAAGAAAGGAACCUGCUACAAGUCUUGCAACUAUACCGUGUAAAAUCAAACGCUUAAAAAUUCCAGCAUUGGUACUCGAUAGUGGGGCUGAACCUCCAAUUACAUCAGAAGAUAUUGUUAAACGUGUAAAUUGGCCAAUUGAUAAAUCAGAAAAAUAUGAUCUUAGUGGUGUUGCAACAGUUCCAACAGAAUCUAUUGGCAUUGCUCGUAAUUUCCCAAUAACAUUCCCUCCAGGUUUUACUAUACGUGAAGAUUUUGUAGUUGUACGUGUUCCUAAACCAACAUUGAUAUUCCCAAACCCACUUCUCAAGAAAUAUAAAUGCGCUAUAGAUUGGGGUAAAGAUGAGUUGAAAAUUCCUUUUAAUGGAAAGGAUCAUAUUAUUCCGGUUACUAUGCACAAAGUAAAGAAUAAACUUGAAGUGAAUUGCGCUACUGCAUCUCAGGAUGAUAAGCCUUUGGUAUCCGAUCAACUUUCUCAAGAGACGGAUAGUGAUAAGGAUAACAAUGUACCAUUAGAAGAAUGGCAUGCUCCUGUGGGUUUUAGCUCAGAUUCUAAUAAUUCGACUUUAAAAAAAAACGCAUGA